ACCGAGGACUCUAGAGCCGGGGACGCAGCGAGCCUGUCGUCAGAAUGAUGAAUUUUGGACCCCAGGAAUCAAUCCUGCCCACGUAGACACAGCUCCUGGUCCCUGGUGGCCUCUGUGCACAGUUUGCUUGCGGGAAGUUGCCUGUUCUGGCUUUCAGCCACUCCACAGAGGCCAUGCCUGGCCCUACCCCGUGGCUCCUGUCCCUGUGACUCAGGUCGUUUCAUCUAGGAUGAUAGUGAGAUGUAGCAACCCGAGGUGACUUUUUAGCCAUGGUGGGUGUUGCACAUUUGCAGUCACAGCCACCUGGGAGGUUGAGGCAGGUGGAUCCGAAGUUUGAGGCAAUAGAAUGAGACCCUGUCUCUGAAACAAGCUGGGGACAUAGUGCAGUGGUAGAGUAGAGCCCUCUCAGCCUGUACAACUCUGAGUGUUCCAUUCCCCGUCUGCAAAAAUAAAGAAAUAAAAAAGCUGGGCCUAGCAGGUGUAAAACCCUAGUGCCACCCCACAAAAAAACUUGCUGUUUUAGAUGGAGCCCCUGAUCAUCCUAGACUUGUUCUUGAGUCUUUUUUUUUUUUGGCCUGCUUCAGUCUUUGAAAACAGUUUUGUUGUACUAUGCUUUAAGUAUCACACAAUUUGCUGUGUUAUGCUCACACAAAGGUCAUUGCUCUUGUGAACAGCAGGGAGGUUAUGUUAUAGCUGCCAUGGCCUCUCAUGGGCUGAGCAGGCAGCUGCUACCUUGGGGUUGAGCUGAGCCCCAGGCGGUGUCCAUGGGCCUCUAUGCUUGCUAAUGUGCCUGGGUGACCCUGCUUCCAGUGCUCAGGGUACUUCUAUACCUCUGUGCUUGCUAAUGUGCCUGGGUGACACUGCUUCCAGUGCUUAGGGUACUUCUGUGUCCAGGCAGUGUGACCCUGUCCUGUUUGCUACCUCUGAAUCCUGGCAGGACCUGGAAGUGUCCACGCAGUGGGUGGGUAUAGUGAAGGCCAUGGCACUGCCAGCUGCCGGUCAGAACCCAGCUGCUCCUAGAACCUUGAAGGAGCAGCUCUUUCCCUGGAGCUGUAAUUCUGUGGCUUUGGGUAUCACCCAGAAGAAGCUUCCAGGGAGAAAGCUCCCCUUCUUUUCACUGUUGUCUUCCCAGUGACAGCUUGGGCUUUGUCUGACCACCGGGUGCUCCAGCUACUCCUUUCCACCAGGGUGGUUGGUGUGUGGAUUCUGAUUGUGGCUGGGCAGGAAGUCCUAAGCACAGACAGGCAUGGACAUUAAGGACCAGAAAGGAAAACCCAGAUAGUGGAGUUGGGACUGGGGAUUUAGCUCAGCAGCACAAGCACCUGCCUUACAAGUGUGCAGUCAUGAGUUCGAUCCCUGGUACCGAUAAAAAUGAAAAAGACAAAAAAAAAAAAAAAAAAAAAAAAAAACCCAGAUAGUGCCUGGGGCCUGUGCUGGGUGCUGUCUGCUGGGUUUUCUCACUGCUACCUUUGCAGAGAGGGUAAGAGCUUUACCCAGAUGCCACACAAAGGUUACUCAUCUUCUCUGUCACCCUGCCCCUCCUGUGGAGGAGUGAGGGAGGAGGAACGCAGUGGAAACUGUCCCUAGGGUUGGGGCCCAGGCCGGCAGAGGAGUUGACAUUAGGGGAAGGGGUUGGGAGCUGGUGGUGACUUGGGGAGGUGAAUGCCUGGCAGGGAGGUAGGCACUGAGAGGUAACUUGGUCAGGAGAGUGCAGGACACGGGGCUGGGUAGUCAGCCUGUGUCCAGGGCUGGGUGGGGAGUAGAGCCGAGGACUGAGGGUGAGGAGAGCCUGGCUUCCAUCUCUAGGUCUGUGCCUGGCUCUGGCCUGGAUGCUGAUCCUUCUUCCAGUCUCUGCUCCAAACAGGCCAGGGGCACACAAGUGUGAGGAUGACUGUUGCAUGCACAUGCAUGCAUGGGACAACUUCUGGGCUGCGUGGCUGUGGGGGUUCCAGGUCUCAUGGCUGCAGCCAGUGUGACCCCACCGGGCUCCCUGGACCUUCUGCAGCCUGGCUUUUCCAAGACCCUCCUGGGGACCAAGCUCGAGGCCAAGUACCUGUGCUCCGCCUGUAGAAACGUCCUGCGGAGGCCCUUCCAGGCCCAGUGUGGACACCGCUACUGCUCCUUCUGCCUGAACAGCAUCCUCAGCUCCGGGCCUCAGAACUGCGCUGCCUGUGUUCAGGAGGGCAUCUAUGAGGAAGGAGUUUCCAUUUUAGAAACCAGCUCAGCCUUUCCUGACAACGCUGCCCGCAGGGAGGUGGAGAGCCUGCCAGCCAUUUGUCCCAACGAGGGGUGUACCUGGAAGGGGACCUUGAAGGAAUAUGAGAACUGCCAUGAGGGGCUCUGCCCAUUCCUGCUGACCGAGUGCCCUGCGUGUAAAGGCCGGGUCCGCCUCGGGGAGAAGGAGCGCCAUGCCGAGCAGGAGUGCCCAGAGAGGAGCCUGGCCUGCCGCCACUGCCGGGCACCCUGCUGCCGAUCGGAUCUAGAGGCACACCAUGAGGUCUGCCCCAAGUUCCCCUUGACCUGUGACGGCUGCGGCAAGAAGAAGGUCCCUCGGGAGAAGUUUCAGGACCACGUCAGGACGUGUGGCAAGUACCGGGUCCCCUGCAGGUUCCACGCUGUGGGCUGCCCUGAGCUGGUGGAAGCCGAGGAGCUGCAGGGGCACGAGGGGCAGCAGUUGCGAGAGCACCUGGCCCUGCUGCUGAGCUCCCUGCUAGAUGCCCAGACCCUUCCAGGAGGCCAGAGCCAGGCAGCAUCCGAACUAUUGCAGCAGUGCCAGGCCCUGGAGCGGAAGACAGCCACCUUCGAGAACAUUGUCUGUGUGCUGAACCGGGAGGUGGAGAGGGUGGCCGUGACUGCGGAGGCCUGUAGCCGGCAGCACCGGCUAGACCAGGACAAGAUCGAGGCCCUGAGCAACAAGGUGCAGCAGCUGGAGAGGAGCAUUGGGCUGAAGGACCUGGCCAUGGCUGACCUGGAGCAGAAGGUCCUGGAGUUGGAGGCUGCCACAUAUGAUGGGGUCUUCAUCUGGAAGAUCUCGGAUUUCAGCAGGAAGCGCCAGGAGGCUGUGGCUGGCCGCACACCAGCCAUCUUCUCCCCAGCCUUCUACACAAGCCGGUAUGGCUAUAAGAUGUGCCUGCGAGUCUACCUGAAUGGCGACGGCACCGGGCGGGGGACACAUCUGUCUCUCUUCUUCGUGGUGAUGAAAGGCCCUAAUGAUGCCCUCCUGCGCUGGCCCUUCAACCAGAAGGUGACACUGAUGCUGCUCGACCAGAACAACAGAGAGCAUGUGAUUGACGCCUUCAGGCCUGACGUGACCUCCUCAUCCUUCCAAAGGCCGGUCAGCGACAUGAAUAUUGCCAGCGGCUGCCCCCUCUUCUGUCCUGUGUCCAAGAUGGAGGCCAAGAACUCCUAUGUGCGGGACGAUGCCAUCUUCAUCAAGGCCAUCGUGGACUUGACUGGGCUGUAGUCACGUCUCCAGGCGCAGUGCUAGGGGAGAAGUCACCACGCUGGGCCAGGAUCCUGCACGCGGGUGGGCGGGCGGGCGGGAAGGAGCCGUUACCAUCCCAGUGCCAGAGACUGGGGAGCCGGUGGCGAGCCUCUGUCCUUUCUAGAUGGACCCUGCAGGGGCACUCAGGAGAGCCGUGUUAGCCAGGGCUCCUGGCCAGCUCUUGUGGCAGGUGUGUCCAUGGCCACUGGAAGAAGGGCUGCUGCCAGCAGAAUGACCCUGGAGUUCAGAGGCGGAGACUCCACAACUUGCACAGGAGUGCAGGCCUGAGGGGCUGCACUCGGGCUGUGGAGCCAUCGGUAUUAAAUUUUGAGAUUCCAUGGUAAGUGGUGUCCAUCUAGCUCCAGCCUGGACAGUGACGACUCUCAGGGCUCUUGCUCUUUCCUCCCGUGGGCUGUGAGCUCCUGGGGUCUCUGAGGCCGGGAUGAGUACAGGGAGGUGCAGCAGAGCCAGUCCUCAGCCGUAGGUGGGCGGGUUCUUUGUGCCCUGUACCUAAGUGUUGGUGCCUGGGUAUCAGCAGGUGGUCUGCUGCAGUGCUACAGCACAGGUGGGGUCAGCUUUCAGGCUCCCUGACACGGGUCAGGCAUCACACUGCUGUCACCCUGCAGCUCGCCAUGUGCACUUUGCAGGGGGUCGAAGCUUCUGUCCCACCUGGCUGUGUGACCUUUGCGCCUGUGUUUCUGUCUGGAAACAGUGUUGAAAGUGUGUAGCAACCAUCCCUUGUAUCCCCAGCAGAUGCUGGGUGAGCCUGGUAACCCUGCCCCGGUGGCCAUUAGGAGGCAACCCCCAUCCUCCUGAGACUCUGUGGCGACAGGCUCUUGGUGACAUCAACAGCGGCAUGGAUCUUGCUGACCUGGAAGUGGAGUUGGAGCCCAGGGCUCUUUGGCCAUUGUGAGCCUGGUCUCAGGGAGCUGGGCCUGAGGUUUCCAAGUCCCAGUCCUGUCGGCAGAGCACCUGCCUGGGGCUGGCAGGCUGCUGUGGGAGGAGUGGCCCUGGUCACUCAUGACUUCCCUGGGGAUGACUUGACUUCCCUAGGGAUGCAGCCACUCCAGUGUCUGCAGGGCUCGGCACCUUGGGGAUCUUUCCCAUGGGACCGCAGUGUAAGCUUUGGCAGAUUUCCCACUGGGACAUCAGACUUGGUUCCUCCUGAUUGAGGUCUCCCAGUGUCCUCACCUUUGGUUGCAUCUUUGAACUAUCUAUUCUGUUGAUGUAAAAAAAUUUUAACGUAGACAUGACUUCCUGAGUAAUGGUUUUAAAGUUUUGUUUUUAAUAUACUGAGAUUCUAUGUUGGGAAUUUGCAUAUGACGUGUUUUUAAAUUAGGUUCAGCUUAAAACUGUAGAUCAAUGAGUCCCUUUUCUUCUCUUGAAAUGGAGCUGGGAAGCUGAGACAGGAGGAUUGCUGUGAGUUUGAGGCCCAUCUGGGCUACAUAAGUUAGUUCAAGAAUAGUCUGGACUACAGAGUGAGAUCCUGGCUCAACAGAAAGGAAACAGAGGGUGUGGUUCAGUGGUAGGAAACGUGUUUAGCAUCUAUGAAGUCCUGGGAUCAAUCCCCAGUCCCAAGGAUAACAGAAGCAAAGCUCGCAGGUGGAUCUGUUGGCUGAGGUAUGGGAAGACGCUUACUCAGAGGCUAUAGUCUGGAAAGAGGGACUUGGGUAUGGCCCAUGGUGCAGGACUGGUAGCAGUUGCCCAGUGGAAGAGGCUGAGCUGGAACUGCCCACUUGCUGGGGCCCUGGGCAGGUCAUGGCUGGGAGCCAGAGGGGGUCACUGCAGUGGCUCUGCUGCCUGAGGGGGCAUCCUGACCUCAUCUCGAGGAGGAGGCCAGGCAGGGACCAUGGAGGAACUCAGGGCUAUGAGGCUUAGGGCUGCCGUUCAUCUCUUUCUGCUAAGACCCCAGUUUGUGCUUUCCCCAGGCACCAUCAGUGAUGUCGCUCCAGGGUGAUCAUCUCCACGAGGCCCCCGUCAGCAGCCACUGCCUCCCCCAAGCCCAACAGUGCGUGCAGGCUGCAGGUAGCUGUGCUGCCACGCUGCCGCUUUGUUAGGGCUGGGAGAACAAAGUCCUUGGAUGUGGUGACUUACUGCUGGAGGGACAUUGGGCGGUGGUUCCUACCAGGCGAGCUGCUGGGGAAAGCCUGCCGUGGACAUCAGCUCCUGGCUGGCCUGCGGCCGGGCCCCCCUCACCAGAGCCCUGCACCAGAGCCUCAUGCUCACCUCUGAGCAGCUGCCAGGCUUCCCGCACGGCAGCCCUCUUCACUUUCCAUCUAGGAGCGCUUUGUACUGGGUAUCCCCAUUUGGCUGAGCAGUGUCUACUGGAAUGGGUUGGGGGGUGGGGUUCCAGAGUCUCUGAGCUGCAACAGAGCUGCUGGAGACCUUUAUGUACAGGUUGCUUUUGAGCUAGGAUCAUUUCUCUAAGGGAAACUCUGAGACUGGGCUUUCUGGGUCACCUUGGGAGCAUUCUGUGUUAUUUCGUGUGUGUGUGUGUGUGUGUGUGUGUGUGUGUGUGUGUGUGUGUUGAGAAGGGGUCUAUCUAUAUAGUACAGGCUGGCUUUGAACCUACUUUGUGGCCCAGGGUGGCCCCGAACUUGUUGCAAUCCUCCUGACUCAGCCUCCCAUGUAGCUGGAACUACGGGUGUGGUCCACAGGUCAGAGUCACUGUAGUUGUGGUGGUACCUGAGCAGUGAGCUCUGUCGAUGGCUUUAAUUUCCAUUUUGCAAGUGUCAGGUGAGGUGGCUUCUUCCCUGGUACUGCACCAGGCACGCCUCCUAUUUGUGUUGUGGUUGAGCAGUGUUUUCUCACUAUGGUACGUGAGGGUCGGUCACACUCUGGACAGGUCAGGUGCACGAUUUGCAGCUGUGUUCUUUCUGCUGUCCGGUGUCUCUCCCUCCUGGCAGCACCUGUUGGAGGAAAGCACUGAGUCUUGGGGACGUCCUGCCUGUAGGGUCGCUCUCCAUGGCUGCGCUCAGGGCCCUGUUUGGAGGGCUCCCUGGCUCAGAUCGGCAGUUCCCCUGUGAGUUCGUCCCAGGUUCGCUCUGCAUUGAGCCUGCAGUUUCUCCAAGUCAGCAUGGAGAAAGAUGUGAGAGCUCUUGAGUUUUGUGUCUGUUUUUCACUGCUGGUGGCCACAACCAUGGGACCGAGGCACAGUGCCUGUGGGCUGGCCACUGCCUCUCCCCGGCAGGCUCAGCUGGGGGAAGAGCUCUUGCCCCGAGUUCAUGCUUCUGUCCAGGGCUAACCUGCUGCCCUAGUGUGAUCUGCUGUCCUCUGAUGACUGGUGUCUGCUCCUCCCCCAGCAGCUCCUGAAUACAGUCUUGCUUCUCAAAGUUGCCACCAUGUUUGUUACUCUGCCAAUGCACAUAAAUUUCACUCUCUGUAAGAGAUUGCUGGGGAGUCGGCACUGCCUCGGCCUGGGGUUCAGCCUGCGAGGAGGGGUGGCCUGCCCUGUUCUGUCCACAGCCUGUGGUUCUAGAGACCAGGCGUGUGUUUAUUUCUGUGGAUUCGAGGGGAUUUGACUGUAGGCAGUCGUGUCGUCUGGUGCUGAGGUGCUUCCCAGCCAUUAUAAAAAUACUGGCCAGGUGUGGUGGAGCACACCUGUUAUCCCAGCACUCAAGAGGCUGAGACAGGGGACUUAUCAUGAGUUCAAGGCUAGCCGGGGCAAUGUAGUGAGUUCAAGGUCAGCCUGAACUGCAUAGCAUGACGUUGUCUCAAAAAAACUAGAUAAAUAAAGUAAGUUUUAUUUUAUUUAUUUAUUUUUUUUUGGUCUUUUUCAUUUUUAUUGGUACCAGGGAUUGAACUCACGACCGCCUGCUUGCAAGGCAGGUGCUUAUGCCGCUGAGCUAAAUGCCCAGCCCUAAAGUAAGUUUUUAAAAAUUGUAGUAUAUUAAAAUUUUACCACUGUCCCCAAGUUGCGUCAGCUAACCUGGAACUUGUGAUUCUGCUGCCUCAGCCUCUUGGGAAGCUGGAUGGCAGGCAUGGGCCAUGGCCUCUGCCUGACCUGGUGUUUCAUCAAGUGUUCCUCUGCGUCCAGCAGUGUUUUAUGGCCAUUGCUCCUGACUGGCGGUGGCAGACCUGCAGCGCAUGUGGCUCUGUGGGCUGUUCCUGUCAUUGAGAGCUCUGAGAGGUUCACUGUCCCUGCUCCUGUCCCUGUGAUAUGCUGGCUCGCAGUCCUCAGUGUCUGGCUGAUCUAGUGUGCUGUCCAGGGCUAGGCUGCCUUGGGCACGCAGCGUGGGUUAAGGGUGCUAUGUGUUUGUGAGGCAUACCCGUCCGUCUGUGCACGGGAGCCCUCUUACCCACACUGUCACUUUGUCCGGCUCUGGUUAGCCUUGGUCAGCGGUGGUUGCCCAUGGUGUUUUCAGAACUACACCCUCAGUGGUUCUAAUCACACCCGCCAUGUGGUGCAGUCCUGGGACAGGCUUCCAGGCUCCACAUGGGUUCCCUGACCACCAUCGGCGGCUCGGGGCCACCUUGCUCUGGUGACUCAGGCAGCAGAGAGCAGCUCUGGGUGCUUCCUAGGGCAAAGGGUGUGUGGCAGUGUGACAUUUGAGAGACCACAUGUCAUCACGGUGGUCUGUGCUGUUUAUGAAAUAAGCCCUAGGCCUGUGCGUUCUUGAAGGCCGGGCUCAACCCUGUCCGCCAGCACCCCCUGGGCAUCUUGAGCCUGUGUCUUGCAGAGUAGGGCACACUGUAUUGUCUUUCGUUUGGGUACUAAGGCUCACCAUGAGGAUGCUGGAUGGAAGUGAGGGUGUUGCCGUGACCAGGAUGCAUGGGACUGGGAAGCGCAUUGGGCAUGCUGAAAAGCUGGUGCUGUUAGGGUACCUGCUGAUUCCGAGGAGGGUGCAGCAGAGUUGGCGGACCAGGGGUCAGGUGUCUGCAGAAAGGCCCAGUGGCUAGGUCUCAGAGGGAAGUGAGGCACAGGGUUGUGGAAACUGGGGAGCAGAAGCUUUCUGCAGAGCCCAGGGGUCCUUGCUGCAUCCUAUGUGUACCGAGGUCUCCAGAAAGGUGGUAUUUAAGAGGGCUGAACUCAGGGGUCUGGCAAAGAAACCUCUAAGCAGCAGAGCAUUGCUGGCGCUAUGUGGUUGCUUUUUUGGUUUGACUUGUGUUUUUAAUUUUUCUUUUUUUUUGUCUUUUUCCUUUUUAUCGGUACCGGGGAUCGAACUCACAACUGCCUGCUUCCAAGGCAGGCGCUUAUGCCACUGAGCUAAAUCCUCAGCCCCAUGUUUUUAAUUUUUCUACAGCAAGGUACAGGGGGUAAGAUUUUUAAAGCACGGGCUUUACCACCAGAAAGGUUGAGAGAAAGUAGGGAAUUGAGAGCAUCUCAGCUUGCUCCAUGGAGAGAGAGAGCAUCGUGAGGACAGGAAUCUAAGGUUUGCGGAAUGCCCAUGUCUGUACCCUGGGGAGCUGGCAGCUGGGGAGUGCAGCCUGCACUGCCAGGGCUGCCGCAUGUCUAUGGGGUGCACUGGGCCCAGAGGUGGUAAAGCUGACUCUGCCUGCAAAGAGUGUGAACUCAGGACAGUGGUAGCCUCACUCACAUCUCCAAGGGCGCUGCAGAGGUAGGAAAGCAUUGCAGGCUGGAGCCACUGAAUAAGCCCUAGGGUAUGCCUGGUGUCACCUAGGAGCUUAGUCCCCAGGACCCAGAACUGAGGACCCUGGGGUACAGCCCCAACCAAGAGCUGCACCCACAGUGCUGUGGGAUGGAUGGGACCCAGGUCUCACUGGUGUCAGGAGGGUGGCCGUGACAGAGGCUCACCUCAGCCAGGGGCGUCUUCCCCGCUGGGCCUGUGACUGGCUUUUAUCCACCUGUUGCCCUCUGACCCGCCUGUCCUGUGCCCAUAUCGCCAAAACUCACGGGCUCUUAGGGGAGUCAGCCAUGGCCACAUGCUGGGAAGUGACCAUCCGAUGGCCUUGGCUAUGUUCGCAGGUGAGCAGCACAGCAGUUUGGGGGCCCAGGACAUGAUGCUGUGGUUUGAGUGUCCCUGCCAAUGUCACGGUGAAAUUUAACUGCCAUGCAGCCGUGCAGAGGCGGCUGGCACAUAGCCAUGGCAGCCCAAGUGACACUGGAGCAGUUGGAAAACAUGGGUGUCCCCUCUCCUGCUACGUUGACCUCCACCAAGGGAGGACACAGCAUGAAGUCCCCACCAGAUGUGCCCCAGAUGUUGGACCUCCCACCCUCCACCCAUGAGCCAAUAAAUCUCUGACCAUUAUCAGUCA